UUCACUAUUGAAUGAAGAAAAAAAUGUUAUUGAUAGAUUUUACAAUACGCUUUGUAAUAUAGAAAAAAUACGUCAAUCCCGCGUAAGGGAAGUGAUGAAAAAAUAUUACGAAAUUUUUCAUCGGAUUGCGCACAUCUCGCCGUUCGAGAUUCAAAUUUUCUUAGAGAAUGAAAUUCAAGUUACGUUCCUUCUUACGAAUAUUACUAGAUUUUCCAUUUCCUGUUGUUGCCUUAUCGUUGCAGGACUACAAUGAAACAAUUUUGCAAAACUUCAAAGUCUACGAAGACUUACGUCUGCGUUUGCUUACGAGUUUUGAUUCUCGGUGCAAGGAGUUGCAAUACUGGUUGGAGGAUAUCAACGACAAGAGACGAGAUGAAAUUUGCCUCGAAAAUAUCAGACGUCUGAUGUGAGAGUUUGCAUCUGUGCUGCAUUUAUUUUUACUUUAUUUGUUUGUACAUUGAAUUUUAGUCGCAAGAAAGAGACUCUUUCGAAACCGGAAGAAAUGUUUCUCUAUAAUCCCGAUGGACAAACUGCUCGAUUCGAGCUGACCUCUAAAUUGGAACUCUUUGAAGAAACAAUCAAAAAAUGGCAAAACAAAGUCGUUAUUUUUGAGGAAUCCUCUGUGAACGAAUGCGCGAAGGAACUCUCCGAAUUCGUAACGGAAUUGAAAAACUCUUCGGGCAAACUCGUCGUUUCGUACAAAUUAGGAUUACAAAAAUUGUUGGAAAAAUACGAAAACGAUGUGGUGAAAGUCAAACAGGAUAAAAACUGCGUUCUUGACAAUGAUGUCAAACUUCUAGACGAGGCGGUUGAAGGCUUGAAGGAUUGUUACAAAAUCGUCGCGAAUAAUUUUCAGGUUUUACUGCUCCACCAAAAAUAACUGACCGGAAUUCAAAUAAUUGUUCAGCUCAUUUUUCAGGAAUUGUGCAAUCAUCGAAUGAGAUCUGUCGAAACUACAGUCGAUGAGUUCUCUCACUUUCUCUAUGAUUUUAAUGCCGUUUGGAAAAAGCAGGCUUCCCGUUUGCUCGAUUUACAAGAUAAUGUUGGUCGCCAGGUCAAUGAUUUGACAGCAAAAAGUCAAAAAAGUAUUGGCGAAUUGGAAAAAAAAUUGAAUAAUUACAAUCAGCAAAUCAGACAAGCAACUUUCGAAGAAAAAAUGAAACAGCAAAUUCCCCUCGUUUAUAAAACGUUGGAUCUCAUUUCCGAAAAGUAAUAUCAGUGAUUUGUAUUCAGCAGCAUAAUUUCAAAAAAUGAAACCUCAUGAUCAUCGGUUUUUUGUGCAGACACAAGUCCACGUAUGAAGAUGAAUGCAAAGCAGUGAAAAAAUAUAUCGAAACAGUUUUCAACGAAGUUCCCAAAAUUUUAAAAGAAUUUACAGACAUUUUAGAACUUCAUGGUUACCAAAAUAAUGAUAGUGCCGAAGAACAAGAUCGAAAUACUGGUUUUUCUGAGGAACAACCCAAUUUCAUGAGUCAACAAUUAAGACUUUGUGAAAGUAUUUCGACGACAAUUUUACACUGGAAAUGGAGUUUGAUGGAUGAAAUUGUAGAGUUUCGAGAAAAUUUUCCAAAAAUUAUUGAAGAUACUGCGCAGCCUUGGCAAGAGAUUAUUUUGUCCGAGCGCUCAGCUGUUCUUCAAUCCAAAUUGGAUGAAAAUAUCGAGCGUCGAGAACAAGUUUUGAGUCAUGUUUAUGGUGUCAGAGUUCAUGAAAUUGAGCAGCAUAAGCAGAGACUAGAAAAUCAUGAGACUGUGAGUUUCAGAGACAAAAACAUCUCUUCCAAUUUAAAAUGAUUCGACCUUGUAGGAAGUGAACCAGAUUCUUGAAUCCACUUCGAACCGCGUUGAAGAUUUUUUACGGGAUCAUAAACAGUUCAUGCAAACUUGUGACGAGGAUAUCGUCGCUGCGAGCGAACAACUCGCUGCAGUAAAAAGUAUGGCCGAAUUGAAUCGGUUACAAAAAGAGGUUCAGACGACACGAAAAAAUUACAGAGACGAAAUCUCGAAGAAAGUUCAAGCUCACAGGGAAGAACUACGUAACACUUUCGAAUUGUUGGUGAACAAAAAUGAAAAAUUUUUGCAAGAAAUCCAAUCAUUCAAAGACGGUGGAAACUUCAGUGUCGACGAAGUGAAAUCCUACAAAAAAACCUUGACGAGCCUCGGCAAAACAAUAUUAAAUUUGCAGAGCGCAAAUUUGGAGAGACUGAACAGGGUGAUCGGAGAGUUGGACGCAGCUUUGGAAACGCUCGUUAAGAGCGCUCUAGAAAACUUCAAUACGAAAUUGAAAGAACUCACUUUCGUUGAGAACCUUAAAAAAGAAAUGACAAAAUGUGCCGUAAUAAUAGAGCGACAAGUCGAUCGUCUCCUGGAAGACGAUACAAUUUUUAUCGACGCGGUCCUGAACAGUGUCGAAAAAUCUCCAACCUCAUUGUGCGAAACAUCAACAGUGCAAAUGACUGAAAUCCUGGAUUUAAUGGAAUCGCGAACGGAUCAUUUGCUGCUUCCUUUUCCCAUGCCAAAAAAUAUUGUGUCGCAGGAGCCCGUUAAGUGGAGUCGUAAACGAUCUGUUGCGAAUAAAAAAAGAAAAGAAAAAAUAUUGAGCAAAGCAACGAAUUAUGUGAGCCUGUUUAUCGGAUCCGAGGACAGUACAGCACGUGGAAGUGGUUUUUCUGUUACGACGAUGAAUACCAUGGUGAAAACGCUUGAAAAAAUUCAAGCAGAUGCGACGAAAUAUUUUUCUGGAUCUCCAAAACGUAACGAAACAGAAACAACUUAUCACGAUCAUAUGAAGAAGAUAUUGGAGAAAAUGAACGGUUUUCGAGUGCAAUUGGAAAAUCUUUGGCGUCAGGAAGUUCGAGGCAAUGAAUUAUUGAUCAUUAUUACGAUUGAUUCGUCUAGCAAAGUGUUUGAGAAAAAAUGUAAAUUUCAUCAGAUUUGGUAGCUGCUUCAGCAAUUCUCGAUCAUUCGAUACACGGAUGUAUCCGAAAAAAGCUCGAUGAUUUUUACGAUAAACAAAUGAAAGAGAUAAAAGUAACGAUUAAAAAAAAGAUCGGCACGCUCGACGAGGCGAUGAGAAUUUGGUUGACGCGUCGUGACGAUACUCUAGCCACCUUUACGGUCAGCCAUGGACAUCCCGCAACCAGAGAAUCGUUGAAUAAACUGAGAGAUGAAAUACUGGAAAAAGAACAACAAAUGCAGGAUACGAUUAUUGAAAAAUUCACUGAAUUCAAGGUGGGUAUGAUUAAGAACCAAAUUCUCUGAAAUUCUU